CAAGGUACAGGAGCCGUUCUGAGGCAUCGAUUCGUUUGUGAACGUCACGUCAUUGGUGCGCAUGCGCGGAGCUGACGCGGAACGAAACAUGUCGACUUCAGUCUGCAUCUACAAACCUGCGACCCAUGUUAUCUUCGACAUGGAUGGAUUAUUGCUCGACACAGAGCGGCUUUACACAGUGUCUUUCCAGGAAAUAUGCGACCGCUUUGGAAAGCAGUAUACAUGGGAUGUGAAGUCAUCUGUGAUGGGAAAAAAGGCCCUGGAUGCUGCCCAGAUUAUUUGUGAUUCUUUGGAACUUCCCAUGACAGCUGAGGAACUUCUGAAGGAAAGCAGGCAAAUACAGGAAAGGAUCUUUCUGUCGGCCAAACUCAUGCCAGGUGUGGAGAAACUUGUGAAACAUCUGAAGAAGCACAAUAUCCCGAUAGCCGUGGCAACCAGCUCAGCUGGGGUGACAUUCAAACUAAAAACCAGUGCACACAAAGACUUUUUUGCACUGUUUGAGCACAUUGUUCUUGGCGACGAUCCUGAUGUAAAGAAUGGCAAACCUCAACCUGACUCCUUUCUAGUGUGUGCCAGCAGAUUCAACCCCCCAGCCUCCCCAGAGAGGUGCCUGGUAUUUGAAGAUGCCCCCAACGGUGUAAAGGCUGCACUAGCUGCUGGGAUGCAGGUGGUGAUGAUUCCUGACGACAACCUGGCCCCGAGCCUUACCCAGGGGGCCACACUGCGCCUGAGGAGCAUGGAGAAGUUUGACCCGCAGCUCUUUGGCCUGCCUGGGUACAGCUGAACAAGCCAAGGCAGCACUGUUCCAGCCUUUGUGUUUCAGUUCAUUCUCAUUCUUGAAAAAACAAUUAUGAUAAUUUGUUGAUGGAAAGUCCUAGCGAUAGUUUUCUCUGCCAGCCUAAAUCUUUGGGCGAUAAAGGAUUAUAUGUUUUAUUUUGCCAUUAAAAUACAGGUUAUCCUAGAAUGGAAACAGAAGCUAAGGGAGGUGUAUGGAAUGGAGGCCGUAACGGCUCAACUACAACUAAGAUCUGAUUAGUUCAAGCAGAAAUGGUUACCUAUGUUAGGUUGGUUAAACCACAACCUAUAACAAGAUAUUUCUUUAAAUGAAGGAUUCUACAAUGUCCUAAAUGCCCAUUUAACUAUGCAUUGUCAAGCAUAUCUUUCAUUCUUGUUUGUUGCACUGUACUUUGAUAUCAGGAAUUGUUAUGUACUGUUCCAUGCAAAUUCAAAUAAAAAUACAGUAAAAGAAUUUCUAAAAAUACAGGUAAUACUAAAAUGUUCUGGCGUUUUUGAGAGCUCUGAAGUUGAUGACCUUUAGCCAGUUUAUUAAUGUGUGGCCCAAUGACAGGGAGGUCACCAGAGUGAUGAUUUGACUCUUCAGAGCAGUAAAUCUAACUUGUUUCACUGGAAGGCAGCUGUUCUUUAACAGCUUAUGUAAACCAGUACUACUUGUUUAAGGUUGAUUUCAACAAGUUGCGAUUGUUUUUACUCUACACCACAGUUUCAUUCUUUAUUAAACCUCUAAUUUUAACAAUA